CACAGUUGAUGCUUAAAAGGGCAGGUAAAAACCGUAAAAUCCAUGAGCACGUGGCCAAUUUAUCCAAUUUUGCUUGCCCUUUUGUUUAUACCACUCCGAUUUUUCCGUUGUACUGUAAUUUCCAUUUCCCCUCUGUCUUAUUUUCUCUCUCUUCAUUUCAGACAGUCUCAAAAACCCAGAAAACAAAACAGUAGUAGGAGAGAGAAAGCAGCAAGAUCUUCUAAUGGUGUCCGAGAGCAACCAACCAGAUUGGCCUCCCCCUGGUUGGGAAGUCAAAACCAAGAGAAAAGAUGGUCGCAAGAUUAAGUUCUACAUCAAUUCUACAACUCGUCAAAAAUUCUAUUCAAAACCUGAGGUGCUUCGAUACCUUAGAGAUGAAUGCGUCGGCGAUGAAAAGAUUCAGCCCACUGCUGAGCUUGCUAAGAAGAGUUCAGGAGAGAUAGAAACACAUCAUGUGGAAGAAAAUGAUUUUGACUGGUUACCCACUGGUUGGGUCCUAGAAAGGAGAAUCCGGAAGAGUGGCGUCAGAGCAGGAACUGAGUAUAAGUGUUAUAUUGAUCCGUCAACUGAUACAAAAUGCUUCUCAAAGCCGGAGGUAUUGCGCUAUCUUGCUGGAUCAUCUGGACAAAAUCACAGAGGAGAAAGUGGACAGUCUUCCAGCAAGAGGUCAGUUGAUCCACUAAGUGCUCACAAAUCCGAUUUGGAGCCAAACGUAUCACAGAUUUCAAAAACACGCAUUCGGAAGAGUCUUCCUUCAGAAAAUAUAAAGGUUGUCACUGAGAGAACUGUGGAUGAAGAUUUACCAUCUGGAUGGAUCAAGGAAACAAGAAUAAAAAUGAUUGGAAAGAAAGUAGUCAAGAGAAAUCCGUCCUAUAUUGAUCCUGUUAGUAGACUGGUCUUCCGCUCUAAAGCGGAAGUUCUGCGCUAUCUGAAGACUGGAGAGAUUAGUAGACAUGCAUAUCAGAGGAAAAAUGGAAGCAUCAUUGGAAACGACUCUGCAAAUGAAAUGGUGUCGACAUCAAGUAAAAGUGAAGAGACACCGAAGAGCAGGAUCAUAAAAACGCAUUUAGCUGGUGAAGCAAGUAGCGGAGAAAGUAUCCAAGAACUGCCUGAAGCUGUAAGCGAUGAAAAAGUUGAAGGCAGGAGAAGCACAAGGUCGUCCGCUAGAGUCAGACCAGCUCCCAUUGGUGUUUCCAGUCCUAAGCAGAGCACUUUAUCACCGGAAUCAGCUCCCGUUGGUGUUUCCAGUCCUAAGCAGAGCACUUUAUCACCGAAAUCAACUCCCGUUGGUGUUUCCAGUCCUAAUCAGAGCACUUUAUCACCGGAAACAGCUCCCGUUGGUGUUUGUAGUCCUAAGAAGAGCAAUUCCCAAGAGAUGAAUGUUUCAAGUAAACGUGAAGAAACACCAAAGAGAAGGACCAGACAAAGUAUCCAAGCACUGCCUGAAACUGGAGGCAAUGAAGAAGUUGAAUGCAGGAAAACCAGAAGGUUGUCCUCUAGACUCAGACCAGCUCUCGCUGGUGCUGGUUCUUCUAGUUCUAAACAGAGUACCUUGUCACCCGAAUCAGCAAGAAAUUCCCAAGAAAUGGUAGUGGGAAAACCAUUACUGGAAAAUCUUUCUGGAACCAAAGAAACUGUAGGUAUGACCAAACACGCCCCAUCAGAAGUCCAAGAUGCUGGUGCUUCUAGUUCUAAGCAGAGUACCUUGUCACCCGAAUCAGCCAGCAAUUCCCAAGAAAUGGUAGUGGGAAAACCAUUACUGGAAAAUCUUUUUGGAACCGAAGAAACUGUAGUUAUGACCAAACACGCCCCGUCAGAAGUCCAAGAUGCUGGUGCAGAAGUUGCAACUCUUGAUACGAGUGAAUCUCCUGCUGCGUCUUCGGGGGGCAUAUUGCCAGAGGAGAAUGCAGUGGCUCUUGCCAUUCGAGGCUGUAGUAAUCGGAAAGGUGUGACAGGAAAAAGGAAAACAAAGGACAGGAAAUUGCCAUGUGUUUCCCCCCGAUCCUCCAAACGGCUUGCUGGUGUUGAUGCUAAAGUAGUAUUCGACCCAAUACCCAUUCGGGCCACAAGUAGUAAUCCCUCAAGAACUAAACCCAUCCCUAGUUUGGAAUUGGUACACCCAAAUGAAUUACAAGAAAAGUGUGAGGAUGUAGAUAAGCAAGAAUUGCUUGGAUCUGAAGAUGAAAAGCAGCAUCAAAGUGUUGAAGUUAAUGCAGAAAGUGUGCUUACAACUCGAGGAGAACCAUCCAACAAGAUUGAUCACUUCCCUUCUCUAGAAGAAAAGGAUCACACACUUGAUUUUAAUCUAGAAACUGUGCUUGCAACUGAAGGAGAAUCGUCGAACAAGAUUGAUGACUUGACAUCUCAGGAGGAAACGCAUCAUCCACCGAAGAUAGUUCCAGAAAUUGUGCUUGGUCAUGGGGAAGCAUCAAAUAAGAUUGAUGAAAAGCAUCAUUCACCGAAGAUAGUUCCAGAAAUUGAGCUUGUUCAUGGGGAAGCAUCAAAUAAGAUUGAUGAAAAGCAUCAUUCACAAAAGAUAGUUCCAGAAAUUGAGCUUGUUCAUGGGGAAGCAUCAAAUAAGAUUUCUGAAAAGCAUCAUUCACCAAAGAUAGUUCCAGAAAUUGUGCUUGUUCAUGGGGAAGCAUCAAACAAGAUUGAUGAUGAUGAUGACUUGCUAACAAAAGAUACCCUUCUGAUUGAUAUCGAUGAUCUGCAGCUAGAGCAGCCUCCACCGGGAUUCUCUGGAAAUACGAACGUUGAAGAAGUGUCUUCAAUUACGGUGAAGCAAUCAUCAUUAGAGCAACCAAUCAUAGGAGGAGAGAAAUUGAGCAGCACUGAGAGAGAAACAGAGCAGCCCCAAUCUGAGUUCUGCUUUCCAUUGUGGUCAGAUCCAUGCCUCGAAUUUGCGUAUAAAACUCUUACAGGUAAUCUACUAUUUGAUGAUAAUCAGGCUAUCCAGGAUUAUCUCCAACAUCAACUCCGUACUUCUGAAGAGAACGACAACAACAGUCCGUGUGUUCCGUUUCCAGACGAUGUAUGUACAACAACUACUGUCCCUAAAAGUGGUGAAACUAAAAAAGUAUCCCAGUUGCCUGAAGAAGAAGAUGUCAAUGUCACAAAUUCUAAUGGUUUUGGCUUCCCCAGAAAUCAAGCAGAUGAACAAUAAAGUAUAAUCUUAGUAUUACCAUAUACUAGCAUCUGUUGUAAUUUUUUGUAGUAUAUAGUCAGUGUAUCAUCUUACCCAAGGUUUGCAACUAGGUUAAAGCUCUAACCAUUUUGUAAUAUCUCUCUAACCUUGUGUUUUCUUAUGGUGAACCCGUAGAUUAAUGGAUGCAGAUUCCGGUUGCCUCUG